AUGAACAACAUCGGGAUGAGGCUCCUUGUCAGCCUCUCGCCCAUGGUCCGCUUGCACCCUAGACUUACUUGGGCCAUGAACCCGAGCCCUGUGAUGGUGACAAGACGGCUGGCCCGACAUCAAGCAUUUGACGCUGGGUUUGACCCGGAUGAGCUAGCCGAAGCACGCAAGUGGCACAAGUCGUUCCAGCCAAGCACUCUUCCACAGGGCGACACCUCCUUUUCACGCUCCAGUGGCCCCGGAGGCCAGCAUGUAAACAAGACAGAGUCAAAAGCAACAACCACAUGGCCCAUCUCAAAACUCUUAGCCCACCUACCCAAGAUUUUACAGGCUAGGGCUCGAACCUCAAAAUACUAUACUAAAGGCAAUGACUCUAUAACAAUACAGGCACAAACCGAGCGCAGCAGGAGUGCCAAUCAAGCAGAGAACCACCAAAAGUUGUAUGACGAGCUCAUGAGUUUAUACACGAAGGCAGUCCCCGCAGAGUCGAGUCCUGACAAAGCACGAAAAUACGAGGCUCUAAAGAAAGCUGCUAAAGAGGUUCGACUGAAGGAGAAAAAGUUCCACAGCUCCAAGAAACAGUCCAGGAAGGGCGGAGGGUCUGACUAUUAA